AUGGGUGGUUCAAGUACUUGUAAUGUACCAUUGGAGGAAAAUUUGGUAUACGAUGUUGAACUUCUUCCUCAUGAUCCGGGAAAAAGAAUAAACAUAAUGGAUUACCCCGCAAAUGAACGAAAUGCAGUUAGGAGGGGUUAUAUUCUUAAAAAACCUUGCCAACCAAAAACUCAUGACUUUCCUCAAAGACAAGUGUCUGGUUUACGUCGCUUUAGUGUUCAUUGGUUCAAGAAAUGGGAUUGGCUUGAGUAUAGUAUUGAAAAAGAUGCUGCAUUUUGUUUUGUAUGUUACUUGUUCAAGAAUGAAGUUGAUAGUUAUUCGGGGGGUGAUGCAUUUGUUGAUGGAGGGUUUAGGGCAUGGAAUAAACCGGAAAGAUUUGAGAAGCAUGUUGGUGGAAUUAACAGUGCUCAUAAUCUUGCUUAUGAGAAAUAUGUGAAUUUAAGAGAUGGAAAAAAAAAAAUCUUGAAUGUGUUUGACAAUGCAAGUGAGGUGAUUAAAAGUGAAUAUUUUAUCCGCUUGAAUGCAUUUUUAACUUGUUUAAGGUUUCUUUUGGGGCAAGGUUUGGCAUUUCGUGGACAUGAUGAAAGCGGGGAGUCAUAUAAUAGGGGUAAUUUCCUUGAGCUUUUGAAAUGGUUAGGAGAAAAGGUUGAGGAAGUAAGACAACAUACUCUUGAAAAUGCACCUAAAAAUUGUCAAAUGAUUUCCCCUUCUAUUCAAAAGGACAUUAUUAAUUGUUGUGCCAAAGAAACAACUAGGUGCAUAAUAGAAGAAGUUGGUGAUGAUUACUUUGCCAUAUUAGCCGAUGAGUCAAGUGAUGUGUCCCAAAAAGAACAACUAGCUCUUGUUUUGAGCUUUGUUAAUAGAGAUAGUGGAAAGGUAAUGGAGCGAUUUUUAGGCAUUGUUCAUGUUGGUAAUACUACCGCUUUAACUCUUAAAGAUGCAAUCAUGUCUUUACUUGUUGAACAUUCAUUGAGUCCAUCUAUGAUAAGGGGGCAAGGGUACGAUGGAGCUAGCAACAUGAAAGGUGAAAUAAAUGGUCUUAAGACUUUGAUUAUGAAUGAUACUCCAAGUGCCUACUACGUACAUUGUUUUGCUCAUCAACUUCAACUAACACUAGUUGCCGUUGCUAAAAAGAAUGAUAGUUGUGGUUGGCUUUUUGAGAUACUUGCAAAUUUAUUGAAUGUGGUUGGAGUUUCUUGCAAGAGAAGAGAAAUGAUUCGACAAGAUCAAGCUCAAGAAGUUGCUCGAGCAUUGGAUGUAGGGGAUAUUGUGAGUGGAUCGGGUUUAAAUCAAGAACUUGGUUUGAAAAGGCCCGGGGAUACUCGUUGGAAUUCUCAUUACAAGUCUAUUUCAAACAUCAUCCUCUUAUUUCCUACAAUUGUUAAGGUACUUGUACACAUUGGGAAGCAUGGUGUAUCGGAAGAUAAGUUCAAAGCUCAAAUUGUUUUAGGACAAUUAGAGUCAUUUGACUUUGUUUUUAUUGCUUACUUGAUGUUGACUAUUUUUGGUUACACUAAUGAUUUGUGUGUUGCUUUGCAAAGAAAGGAGCAAGAUAUUGUAAAUGCCAUGGAACUUGUCACUUACACAAAAUUGGUGUUGCAAAAAAUGAGGGAGCAAGGAUGGGAUACUCUCUUAAACAAGGUAACUUCAUUUUGUGCUAAACAUGGUAUUGUUGUUCCCACUAUGGAUUCUCCUUAUGUUCCUCAAGGAAGAUCAAGACGUUUUGUUGAAGAAGCAACAAAUGAACAUCAUUUUCGGGUUGGAAUUUUUGUAAGAGUGAUUGAUUUGCAUCUUCAAGAACUUGAUGAUCGAUUUAAUGAGAGGAAUAUGGAGAUACUAAUAUGUAUGGCUUGUUUAAGUCCUAAAGAUAACUUCUCAUCCUUUGAUAAAGAUAAGGUACUUAAACUUGCCUCUUUUUAUCCUGAAGAAUUUUCAAGCUUUGAUUUGAUGGCUCUUGAAUGUCAACUUGAUAUAUUCAUGGAGAAUAUGCUAAAUGAUGAUAGAUUUCAAGGUUUAAAUGACCUUAACUCUCUUUCUAUGAUGCUUGUUAAAACUAAUAAGCAUAAGACUUUUCCUCUUAUUCAUUUGCUUAUCAAGUUGAUGUUGAUUCUUCCGGUUGCCACGGCAAGUGUUGAAAGAGUUUUUUCCGCAAUGACAUGUGUCAAAAAUAAGUUGCGAAAUAGCAUGGGUGAUCAACUUAUGAAUGAUUGUUUGGUCACUUUUAUUGAGAAGGAUAUCUUCCUAAGAGUUUCCGAUGAAAAAAUUGUUGAUCGCUUCCAAAAUAUGAAGACUCGAAGGAUGAAAGUGUAA